AUGAGGCAGGGCAGGUCGUGCAGCUAUGCAGAAAGGCGGCUCAGCGACCGGGCUGCUCGGGUGCACAACGGCUCGGCUCCCGGGCGGCUCGGCGGCUGGGCGGCUCGGGCGCAGGGCGGCUCGGCUCCCGAGCGGCUCGGCGGCUGGGCGGCUCGGGUGCAGGGCGGCUCGGCUCCCGGGCGGCUCGGCGGCAGGGCGGCUCGGGUCCCGGGCGGCUCGGCGUUGGGCGGCUCGGCUCCCGGGUGGUUCGGCUGCUGGGGCGGCUCGGCCGGGAGAUGCAGGGGCGGGGCCGUCAGGUGCAGCGGCGGGUCGACCGGUGCAGUGGCGGGCCGGCAGGUGCAGCGGCGGGCCGGCAGGUGCAGCGGCGGGCCGGCAGGUGCAGCGGCGGGCCGGCAGGUGCAGGCGGCGGGCCGUAGGGUGCAGCGGCGGGCCGUAGGGUGCAGCGGCGGGCCGGCAGGUGCAGCGGCGGGGCCGUCAGGUGAGGCGGCGGGCCGGCAGGAGCAGCGGCGGGCCGUAGGGUGCAGCGGCUGGGCCGUCAGAGGCGGCGGGCCGCUGGGUGCAGCGGCGGGCCGGCAGGUGCAGCGGCGGGCCGGCAGGAGCAGCGGCGGGCCGGCAGGAGCAGCGGCGGGGCCGUCAGGUGAGGCGGCGGGCCGGCAGGAGCAGCGGCGGGUCGUAGGGUGCAGCGGCGGGCCGUAG